AUGCAUUUAUUUUGGUAUUAUUCAACGUUUCUACUUAUAUUUUUACCCAAACGCUGGCCUCUGUUUUCUGAGGCCAGGGAACUUGUUAAUGCGCCAAUUGAAGAAAAUGACAAAUUAGAAGAUUCAUCUCCCGAUCGAAUAUUAACCUCGCCAUCAAAAUAUUUCCUUGUAAAUGCUUCCCAGAAUCUGAGAGUCGAAAAUCAAUCGGAAACCUUUUCACCGGAAAUGAAGUUGGUGUACAAUAAAAAGCCACUGGAAAAGACGAAGAAACUAAAGGAGUACAAAGAGAAAGAAGAGGCGAUGGAAGCAGAACAAAUGAAGAAAGACGAUUAUGACGAUGAUUACUUGCUCGAUGAUGACAUGAUUAUACACAAACGUUGGCGUAAAGUUCGAAAGCGGAGAUCAGCAAAGACAAAAGCAAUCAGAACUUUUUUGGCUGCUAACGUCGAAGUUUGUGUUAUCGUCGAUUAUAAAUUAUACAAAAUCUUUUUGGAAAGAACAGGAUUAGAUCAUCGAAGAACCAUCGGUGACAUAAAGCGAUAUUUCGCUGCGAUCAUUGCAAUGAUGAACGAGAGAUUCAAGGGAAUAAACGAGCCGGCUCUGUCAAUCAAAGUGAUGUUUUCUAAUAUCCUUAUCGCUCAGAGCGUCAUGGAAUCAUCGUGGACAGAACGCCAUCGAACAAUCGUCAAUAAUGAGGAAGUAAUCAAUGCCACUGAAGUGAUGAAAUCGAUCUCUAAAUGGAUAUCUACCGACAGAUUAGGGAAAUAUGAUCAUGUUAUCAUUUUCAGCGGUUACCCAAUGGUGAACACAAAUGGAGAUGUUCUGAAAGGUCUAGCAUUUGUCGGCAACAUUUGCGAUCGGCAAAUGUCGGUCUCUUUGGUAAACGACAAUGGAAACUUUCAAUCGGCUGGGGUUGCCGCUCAUGAGCUCGGACACAGUUUGGGAGCACAUCAUGAUGGCGUUUCAGAUAACAAAGACUGUUCGGCGCUACACAAUUACAUUAUGUCUCCAAAUGAAUACAAUGAUGAACAAACGCGCUAUAAUUAUAUGUACCUGUCAAAGUGCUCAAUACGACAAAUUAAAAAAGUACUCAGGAGUGGAAAUGCCGAGUGUCUCUUUGACAAACCACGAAACAUUUACACAUACGAUUUGAGAAAAUAUCCACCAGGAAGGAGUUAUUCUGCGAAUGAACAAUGUAAAAUGAUUUACGGCAAGAAUUCAGGCACUUGCAAUCAAACCCGAUUAUUAGACAAAAUGUGUUUCACUUUGUGGUGUAAAGACCCAAUCCAGACAGAAACAUGUCGUGCCAUGGGAGGUGUCCGUGCAGUCCCUGGAACAAAAUGUGAUACUGAUAAGAUGUGUUGGCGAGGAAGUUGUAUAGACGAAUUCAGAAGGAAGAAACCACAAUGUUUAGCAAAAUCAAAAAACUGCAAGGGCCGUGAUAAGAAUCGCCAAUACUGUAGUCGUCUCAUCAAAUUGAACCCGUACGCAUGUCAGCGUGGCGAAGUGAUCAAAUAUUGCUGUCAGACAUGCAAACGAUGUCAUAAGCGACGUUCUCGUAGGAGGAGAAAAGUCAGAAGGAGAAGGGCAAGAUCUCGAGCUUUUUCAUCAUGA